UUGGGCCUUAAGUCGUUACUUUCUAGCAAUGGCUUCGCUCUCUACGCCGUUGACCGAGCUGCUGGGGAUACGCCAUCCCGUGAUGUUGGCCGGGAUGAAUGGAGUAUCUCACUCAGACUUGGCGGCAGCCGUGAGCAAUGCAGGAGGCAUCGGCUCCAUUGGCGGGCUGACCAUGACCCCGAAGGUGCUCUCCAAAGAGAUCUCGUGGCUCAAGAAGGGCUUGGUGGACAAGACUUUGCCCUUCGGAGUCGACUUGGCCAUCCCCCAGAUCGGCGGCUCUGCGCGAAAGACGAACCACGACUACACCCACGGGCAUUUACCCGAGCUCAUCGAUAUCAUCGUGCAAGAGAAGGCGAAGCUCUUCAUUUGCGCCGUGGGUGUGCCGCCGAAGUGGGCAGUGGAGAAGCUGCACGCGGGGGGCGUGGUGAUCGCCAACAUGGUGGGUUCGGUGCGGAACACUGAGAAAGCGCUGGACGCCGGGGUGGACGUAAUCAUUGCCCAGGGCAGCGAGGGGGGCGGCCACACGGGCGACAUCGGCACCAUGUGCUUGAUACCACAGGUGGCGGACGCGUGCCGCGGCCACGUGAACGCCUUCGGCUCCCCGGUGCUCUGCGUGGCCGCGGGGGGCAUCUUCGACGGCCGCGGCCUGGCGGCGGCACUGGCGCUGGGGGCCGCCGGGGUCUGGGUGGGCACGCGCUUCAUUUGCGCGGAGGAGUCUGCAGCUCCCAAGUCCCACAAGGACAAGGUGAUCGCCUCCUCCAGCGCGGACACGGUGCGCACCUUGGCGGUGUCCGGCCGGCCGCUGCGGCUCAUCCCCAACGAUUGGAUCAAGAGCUGGGAGCGCGAGCCGCAAAAGGUGAAGGAGUUGUGUGACCAGGGCAUCGUCCCCUUGGAGCACGACCUGAAGAAGGCCUCCGAGGACCGCCGCCUGCGCAGCGCCAUUUUCGAUGCCAUCAACAGCCUGGCGGGCCAGGCGACCGGCGGCGUAAGAUCCGUGGAGCCGGCCAAGAAGAUCGUGGAGGACAUGGUGGCGGAGGCAGGCAGCAUCCUCCGCUGCAGCGCCGCGAUGAGCAAGCUGUGAGUACAUAGGUGGGUGUGGGUCA